AUGGUUGAUGGCAACAAGGUGCUGCGGAAGAUGGAUUUGCGGCUGAUCCCUAUGCUUGCCAUCCUGUAUCUGCUCUCCUUCCUCGACAGAGGAAAUAUUGGAAAUGCGAAGAUCCAAGGCAUGCAGACCGAUUUGGACCUUUCAGGCUCGGAGUAUAAUCUUUGCGCCACUGUCUUUUUCUUCACAUACUGCGCUUUCGAGAUCCCCUCGAAUCUGCUCCUCAAACGCUUCAGACCCUCCGUCUGGCUCCCAGCUAUCAUGGUCGCAUGGGGCACGGUCAUGACAUUGAUGGGCCUGGUUCAAAACUACCAUGGCCUUCUCAUUGCUCGCAUCUUCCUUGGUGUAACCGAGGCCGGCCUGUACCCCGGUGUUGCCUACUACCUGACAAUGUGGUAUUGCACCGAAGAACUCGCGUUCCGCCAGAGUCUCUUCUUCAGCGCGGCAAGCGUAGCAGGCGCUUUCUCCGGUCUUCUCGCCUACGCCAUUGCGAAAAUGGACGGAGUCGCCGGACAAGAGGGCUGGCGCUGGAUCUUCAUCCUCGAGGGUCUUUUGACCGUCGCCGUCGCCUUUGCCGCGUUCUUCCUCCUCUACGAUUUCCCCGACACUGCCUCCUUCUUGAGCCCGGAGGAGAAGGCCUGGGUCGUGCACCGACUCAAGUACCAGGGUAGCAAGAAGAGCGGGAGGAUCGUUGCCGAGAGCGACCAUUUUGAAUGGAAAUUCGUCCGCAAAGCCCUCACGGAUUGGCAACUUUACCUCUCACUCUUAAUGUACUGGGGUAUCGUAUGCCCUUUGUACGGCAUAUCGUUGUUCCUUCCGACCAUCAUCAAAGAACUGGGCUACACGUCGACCACGGCCCAAUUACUAACCAUCCCAAUCUACAUCACGGCCGCCAUCCUCGCCGUAAUCGUAGGCUACCUCUCGGACCGGGCCACCAAGCGGGGCGCCUCGCGCUGGCCGUAUAUUUUCGUCCCCAUGUGCGCCAUCCUCGUGGGCUUCAUCGUCGCCAUAUCGGGCUCCGCGGCGGGAGACAUCCCGGGAGUGGUGUAUGCCGGCGUCUUCAUCGCCACCUGCGGCAUUUACCCUGCCUUCCCAGGGAACGUCACUUGGAUCGCGAACAAUCUGGCGGGAAGCUACAAGCGCUCCGCGGGCAUGGCGCUGCAGAUCGGAUUAGGAAACCUGGGCGGCGCAAUGGCGAGCAACUUCUACCGCAGCGUGGAUGCGCCCAAAUACCUGCUCGGGCAUGGGCUGGAGAUUAUGUUUGUGGUGCUGGGCCUCGGGGCUGUGAUCACGCUGCGUAUCUCUUACGGCACUAUCAACAAGAAGAGGGAACAGAGCGGGGCCGCCGAGUCGUACUCGGACGAGCAGCUCGCUGAUAUGGGCGACAAGAGUCCCAGUUUCAGGUACACGCUGUAG